CUGAUAGCUGUCAAAAUUCACAAGUAUUUUGCGAUUUUGUUGCGUCUAUUAGAAAAACCUUUCAAUAAUGAUUACAUCAUCCGUAAUUCUUCCGUCCCAUGUCUCGAUGUCUAUUGACGUCAUUAAACGAGUUCCCCAUUCACGAGGCAUCGCUUAGGACUUCAGAGAUUUGAGUAAAAUCUCCUUCAGUGCGUUACGGGUCGUUGUGUAGUGCGCGCGGAAAAUUCAAAUAUGGCGCAUUCGUCUUUGAUUAUUUUCGAUUUUGAUCGUACGAUAGUGGACGCUGACUCUGACGCGACUUUAAUAGAUAAAUUAAGGGAAAAGCAGCCUCCGCCGGAGUGGGAAGCCGGAAACCAUGAUUGGACUCCUUAUAUGAGUGAUGUAUUCGAGCACGCGUACUCAGCAGGGCUAAGCCGCGACGACAUACUCCAGUGCAUCGGGUGCAUGAAACCCACGCCAGGAGUGAAGGAGCUCAUCGCUGCGUGCGCAGAGGAGGGCUGGCAUAUCGUUAUCAUAUCGGAUGCGAAUACCGUCUUUGUGGAGCACUGGCUGAAGGUCAAUGGGCUACGGGAUUGCAUAACAGAAAUAAUAACGAACCCCGCACACUGGGCAGGCGACAAACUGCUAAUAAAGCCUUACAUGCAUCAGACAGCCUGUGCUCGGUGUCCGCCGAACCUCUGCAAGAAAUCUGCCCUCCUCCAGUGGACUUCUAAGGCUAAAUAUGAGAAAUAUGUGUACUGUGGAGAUGGGAGAAACGAUUUCUGUCCUGUUACUGUCUUGCCUGAACAUGCAAUCGUAUGUCCCCGCAUGGGCUACCCCCUCCACGACCUUUUAAAGAAGGACUCAUCUUCCUCCACCCCGCUGGUAAAAGCUAAGAUACUGCCCUGGGUUCACUUAACCACGGUCCUCGAUACACUAUACCCGGGGCGGAUAGGAAGGAUUGACAUGUGAUAUUAUAGUUAAGGUUUUUUUGUUAAUGUUUAAUUCUUAAAGAAAUACAUUAUUUUAUUUGUUGA